GAAUCACAGACAAGAAUUCCUAAUCAAGCCACGGCAUAUAUCAAUUAAAUCAAUGAUCAGAAACAAUGUUACCAUACCUGGAAAGAUUCCGUCGACAGGUAACUUAAUACCUGUCUGCUUUGUACAGACAGGAAUAUAAGACCAUUGCAGGUCAGGUCGGGAUUUAAGACGAAUAAGACGACAAAAGUUGUAAAGAGAGGAUAAAAAAUAAAAUGAUGUAAAAGAUGGCCAAACCCGAACGGGCCCUACAAGAGGUUGUGGGGAUUGUGGCUCACAAGAAGUAUCACCUGUUGAGCAGGGAAAAUAUUCAAAAUGCCAGAACGGAGCUAAAUUAUCUCCUGAAAGGAGUAAUUGGAGCUGGAGCUGAUAAUGUGGAGUCGCUGAGAGCUGCCCUGGACGCGGCAGAAAGCAAGGACUGGGACAAGCUUGACCGGGUGUUAGUGGACGCCCAGAUCGACUACACCACUCUGAUGAGGGCCCUGGGCAAGGGCUACAGACAGACUCCCAGAACCGUCGAAAGUAAGAGGUUCGCUGGAAUUCACGAUUUGCGGGAUGUUCCAAGAGAUCUUAACAGUCUGUCCAGAGCUUCCAAGAUGUUCGUGAUCGCUGAAAAAACAGAGGUAGAUGACCUUCUGGAGGGGAUACCUGAGAGGUUUGUGGACGAGGACGAGAAGGAAGAGCUGGAACAGCCGGAGACUGCCCGCCAGACGGACCAGUCCAAACUCAUAGAGCAGCAGCAGAAGGAGAUCGAUGAGCUCAAGACCAGAUUGAGUAAAGUGGCAGGAGAAAAGCUGACGGAGAACCACCCAAUGACAGUUGACCUUAGCGACACAAACAGACCCACAAACCUGGCUGACCGGUUCUCCGAGCUCUACGACAACGAGUGGACCAAGGCCCUGGACGACCUGAAUAAAGUCAAAGAGGAGCACGAGGACGGAAAUAUCAAACUCCUCGCCGACAUCUUGGAGGCGACUUUUCAGUACUGUAAAAAACUGUCAAUGGACCAGUUCCAAGAUUUGUGGGAGAAAACAAUAUUCCCAAUGAAGUCAGUACCAGAGUGGCUUCAUGUGUCGAAAGCAUUGCAGAAGGAAGCCUCGAAGGGGUUGAAGGCUUUUAGAAAAGAUCAUGGUGUGUUGAGCGUCCCUUCAAUACAAAUGAUAUUCACAAGAAAACAUCUGGCCAUUAUGAUUGACCGAGACUUGCACUCGGACAGUUUGAUAAAAUAUGCUAAUAAGUGCAUAGAGUUAUGCUGGCUUUUCAACAUCCAGGAUCCGCCCCUGUGUUUGUUGUGGGCCCGCGAGGGACAGAGGGUGUCCGAGCAUUUAAGACUUUACACUGUUCAGGGAAAAACGGUCUCGUUCAAUGUGUGGCCGUCAUUGCUUCUACAUGAGGGCGGUCCGUUGUUGAAGAGAGGCGUUGUUCAACCAUAUAGCAAUUAAAACUCGUGUAAAACUACAACACAUUCUUCAUAGAGAAUCUGCCAUGACAACCAUAUUUCAUAAUCUUGCCAAAAUUGAUCAUAUUGUCAUUUAUGAAUAUGUUACAUGUAUAUAAUAAUUGUUGCGUUAUUAUGACUUUUGUACAUGUGUAUAUGUGUAUGCUUGCAAAUGUACAUGAUUAUAAUGGGUCAUGCAACAUGUAAAACGACGCAUGUAAAAUAAAAGGUACUAGAUAUAUAU